CCUAAACUAAUAAAUCUCUCCCUAGAAGAAGGCCUUUUUCAAACCGUUGUUAUUUUCCGUAUAAAAUAUAGAGUACUUCUCUUUUCUGUGAGUACCUGAGAGAGAGAGAUGGUUCAGAUGGAGAAGACGGUGAUGAACAACAAUGGCGGCAACCCUCUUGUUCCCGACGGUGUCAAGCGCCCCAAGACCAAGAUUGUGUGCACGCUCGGCCCGGCUUCUCGCUCCAUUCCCAUGGUCGAAAAGCUUCUCCGGGCCGGCAUGAACGUGGCCCGAUUCAAUUUCUCACACGGAUCCCAUGAGUACCACCAGGAAACGCUCGAAAAUCUCCGCAAGGCCAUGGACAACACCGGCAUACUCUGCGCCGUCAUGCUAGACACGAAGGGUCCAGAAAUCCGAACUGGGUUCUUGAAAGACGGCAAGCCUGUCCAACUGAAACAGGGCCAAGAGAUCACAAUAUCCACCGACUACGACAUCAAGGGCGAUGAGAACAUGAUCUGCAUGAGCUACAAAAAGCUGGCUGAGGACGUAAAGCCUGGAAGUGUGAUACUCUGUGCUGAUGGGACUAUCACGUUCACUGUUUUAUCUUGUGACAAGGAGAAAGGCUUGGUAAGGUGCCGUUGUGAGAACACUGCAGUUAUUGGGGAGCGAAAGAAUGUCAAUCUUCCUGGAGUUGUUGUCGACCUCCCAACUCUGACGGAUAAAGACAAGGAAGACAUUUUGAAGUGGGGGGUCCCUAACAAAAUCGACAUGAUUGCUCUUUCUUUUGUUCGCAAAGGCUCCGACUUGGUCGAGGUGCGCAAGUUGCUGGGUCCACAUGCUAAAAGCAUCCUUCUCAUGUCUAAGGUUGAGAACCAAGAAGGCGUGGCAAACUUCGACGAAAUCCUGGCGAACUCCGACGCCUUCAUGGUGGCCCGUGGAGACCUGGGCAUGGAAAUCCCAAUCGAGAAAAUCUUCCUAGCCCAGAAGGUAAUGGUCUACAAAUGCAACAUCCAAGGCAAGCCAGUCGUAACCGCCACCCAAAUGCUCGAGUCCAUGAUAAAAUCCCCACGGCCAACUCGUGCAGAGGCCACCGACGUUGCAAACGCCGUCCUCGAUGGCACCGACUGCGUCAUGCUCAGUGGCGAGACAGCUGCCGGAGCCUACCCUGAGCUGGCAGUCCGCACCAUGGCCAAGAUCUGCAUGGAGGCCGAGAGCACCCUCGACUAUGGAGAUGUUUUCAAGAGAAUCAUGGCCAAUGCGCCUGUCCCCAUGAGCCCGCUCGAGAGCCUGGCUUCGUCUGCAGUGCGCACGGCAAACUCUGCGCGUGCGGCUCUUAUCCUUGUUUUGACGAGGGGUGGGAGCACGGCUAAGCUUGUGGCUAAGUACAGGCCUGGGAUGCCGAUAUUGUCGGCUGUGGUCCCGGAGAUAAAGUCGGACUCGUUCGACUGGUCGUGUUCUGACGAGUCGCCAGCUAGGCAUAGUUUGAUAUUCAGGGGUUUGGUACCGAUUCUGUGCGCGGGUUCUGCUAGGGCUUCGCACGAGGAGUCUACAGAGGAGGCUCUUGAGUUUGCGCUUGAGCAUGCGAAGGCUAAGAGGCUGUGCAAGGUUGGGGAUGCUGUUGUGGCGCUGCAUAGGAUUGGGACUGCUUCCAUUAUCAAGAUUGUGAAUGUCAAGUGAUCUAUCGAGGGGUGGUGGUUUUGGUUUUGGUUUUGGUUUUUGGAUGGGAGAUUAUUUCUUGUUUUGAAUUUUUGCCCCUUUUUGGGGUGGAGCAAAUGGUAUGGACUUUUUUAUAAUACUGGUUUUACUUGUUUUGUUUUUGGGGUUUUGACUUUUUUGCGUUUAUCCGCCCGAAUGCGUUUGUCCAGGAACACGUUCGGGAGGAUGUAUGCGUGUGGUUGCUAUUAUGGGGAUUAUAGUAAGUUUGUUUAUCUAUGCAGUGUUUAGGACCUUGUUUUGCCCCCUGAAAUUUGGUUCUUGUUGGUUCAAUUUUUAUGAUAUAUACUUAUUUUAGGUAAAUGUGCAUUAUGUUGCUGUUAUUUGGACUUGCUGGUUAUUAAGAAGAUGCCAUGUGUAUAUUAUUGUUGGAUCAUGAGCAUGUAGAAACAGGGAGAACCCUGCAAUUCAUUUGUUCCCAAGUACUCUGUAAGGUAACAGUGUAAGGUAACAGUGAAUCAGUGAUUUUCCCUACAAUUCACUUGUUCCCAA